UUACACAAUUCUUACUUCUUCUCAUAAGAGGUUUUUACCGAUGCAAGGGAUUCUCCGAAAACAACACAAACCCUUCCUCUCCAUCCACCAGAGUGAGAAAACAAAAGGUAGAGAGGGAAAAACGUUCUCUCUCACUUGCUUGCACUAAUCCCUUUGUUGUGGAGUAUUGAGGGGCCAGGGCUCUUGGCUGACUGGCCAUCCCUGUGUAAUGGGGGCUAAUUCGGGUGAAGGGUGCCCAGCCAGCCCUCCUGCUGGCCAUCCUCCACUAGAUUAGGCGGGGCGGGUACAUUUUUAAGGCCUCCCUCAGCCCAAACACAUUCUCCCUCUCGUUGCUUCUAGCCUCGCUCUCUCUCUAACUCUCUUUCUCUGUCUGUCUUUCUCAAUCCUAUUUUCCCUGCCUGAUAAAACUUCUCUCUUCCUCUCUGUCUUUCUCGAACUCUUCGCUGCACUCUCUCCUUCUCUUUCAUUUCCUGUCCUCCUUGUCGUCUCUCCAUCCAGCCCUAAGUCAGUGGCAGGGGACCCAGCAGGGUGAUGGGGGUCCCAGGUGGGACCAUGCGGUUCUGGAGCAAUGCUGUCCCCACAUUGCUCCUUCUACCCCUGUGUCUGCUGGGGAGAAUCGUGGAGGGCCAGGCCCCAGAACAGGGCAAGGAGAGGGGCUACCUGCAAGAGGCCAUCAGGGCUCUACAACUUGGGUCUCAGACCCAGCUCCAGAGGGACCAGACAGGGUUCCUACUCUCCACUGUCCUCCAGGCUGUGCACUGUGCAGAACGGAUUGGGGGAUCACAGGAGCUCUGUGACAAGUGCCUCACUCCAGACCUUGUCCUUUCUGUCCUGGAGGAUGAUAGGAAGGCUUACCUCACCGAGGAUGACUACCAUAGAGUCUCCACCGUUUUGCUCUACUACAUGAUCAACAUGGAACACCUGUGUGCCACCAACCCCUCCCCUUCCUCCUUUUCCUCUUCCUCCUUGUCACCGAGCUACCAGUACUACCUUCUGGCCCUGACCAACCUCCAACCUACAGAAGAAAGAGGCUUCCUCUCCUCCAAUGAGAUAGAGAGCAUUCUGCAGCUCAUCAACCAGAACUAUCAACCACCUGCUCCAGAGACAUCUGGCUCCUCCCACCCACAGUGUAUCGAUGCCUCCCGUCUACUGGAUGAGUUGGGGAUCACAGAUAGCCAAGGUGCUGAUCCAUCCUCAGUGGCCACACUGUCUGCAGCCAUCAUCACCCACACCCUGCAGGGCCACUGUUUCAGCAAGAGGAACCUGCCCUCCCCUGCUUUCUUUACAGAUUACAUCUUCCAGUCCCUCAACCGUACCAGCAACCUACAUGUCAGGGAUUUGGAGGAGCUGCUGCACCAGCUUGGUGUGGGAGGUGGUGGAGGAGGGGCCUAUCACUCACAUUGCAGGGAGAAGCGGAGCAUCACAGGCCCCACCCAUAUAGGCUGUGUCCAUGAGCCUUUGGGGAUCAACACAGACUGGACACAGGUAUGCUACUCAGCCAAUCAGCUGGUGGAUAUUUUUGUUCUGGAUCCGCAUUUGCAUAUUUCCCGGGAUCACUUCAGACAAAUCUGCCCAGCUGUUAUCCAGCAGUUGCUAGGGAAUGCCUGUGAGUCCACAGAGCCAGCUACACGAGGAUCUCCACCCAGUGCCAUUGAGAAAUAUGGCUACAGUACGGCUGCUGUGUUACUCAUCACCGUGGGCUCCAUGUUGGGCAUCUGCCUGAUCUUCUUCAACUCCUGCCAGGAGACCUACGCCCUCAUCCUGCAGCUCUUUGUGGGCCUGGCCGUGGGAACCCUCUCAGGGGACGCCCUCCUGCACCUCAUACCACAGAUCCUUGGCCUCCAUGACGACAGUCACCAUUACGAUCAUCACUUUACUGAGGGAAAGGAAUAUCUGUGGAAGAUUUUGGGAAUCAUCGCUGGAAUCUACGGCUUUUUCCUCAUCGAAAGGAUCUUCUCCCUUGUGAUGCCAUCACAUGGCCAUGGUCACGGGGGCCUGGGCAAUUCCCAUGACCUCCCCCUGGAGCUCAACUGCAACGGCCAGUCACAGAGGGGCAUGUCUAUCUCAACCAUGCAGCUGGGAACUGUGGAGGACUUAGAAUGCACAGAAAUCCCAUCAGAGGAGGCUGAACCAAGAACCCCUACGCAUCAGACGAGACAGGGUAUUCCUGUACUGGCUGUGAUGGUAAUCGUGGGAGACAGCCUCCAUAACUUUGCUGACGGCCUGGUGGUGGGGGCGGCCUUCUCCUCGUCCACCGAGACAGGCAUGGCGACCACCGUGGCCAUCCUCUGCCAUGAAAUCCCUCAUGAAAUGGGUGACUUUGCGGUGUUGCUAAGCUCAGGUCUCUCUGUGAGGAAUGCAGUGAUGAUGAACCUCCUCAGUGCUCUGACGGCCUUCAUCGGCCUCUACAUCGGCCUCUUUGUCUCCUCGGAACCAGAGGUCCAGCAGUGGAUCUUCACCGUUACCGCGGGGAUCUUCCUCUACCUGUCGCUGGUAGAGAUGCUCCCAGAGAUGAGUCGUGUGAAGACCAACAGGCCCUGUAUCAUGUUCCUCCUGCAGAACCUUGGCCUCCUAAUGGGCUGGGCCUGUCUUCUGCUCCUUGCACUGUUUGAGCACAAACUUAAGUUUUGAUGACAGGACACACACACAUCCUACUAUGGUAUCUUCCAUGCAAAUGUGUAAUUGAUGGCAAUGUUGACGGUACUUUGUGGUCUUGCUUUUUUUUUCAUUUUGACAUCUUGUUUAUUGAUUACUGCAUUAUUUACUGACACACCAUAUGAAGACAGUGAACAGCACAUUUAAAAUGUCACAAGCAAGAAACAUUUCAUAAGUGACCGGAUAAUAGAGUGACGUGAAUAGUAGCAGUGACGAUGUGAAUCAAAUUUUAGAUCCAGUGGUUACACAUAAUGUGUUAGAGCUGGAUGAAUCCACUUUUGUAUGAAUCAGAUGCCUAAAUGUGAUCUUUAGGACAUGAACACAUCUUCUGUGUGAUGAUUUAUUUUUGUAUGACGUACUGUGUAACAUAGACUGCAAGCUAGCUAUGUGCCCUGUCUGUCACAUCUAUGUCUGGACAUGAUAGGGUCAGAUGUCUAGUCUACAGUGCCAGAGACGAGAUCUUUAUAUACAGAUACCUUGCUUCUAUGUGUAUAUUUGCCAUGAAAUACAGCGUCUUCAGAAAGUAUUCAGACCCCUUGACUUUUUCCACAUUUUGUUAGUGUACAGCCUUAUUCUAAAAUGAUUAAAUUGAUGGUUUUUAUCAUCAAUCUACAGUCGUGGCCAAAAUUGUUGAGAAUGACACAUAUUAAUUUCCACAAAGUUUGCUGCUUCAGUGUCAUUAGAUAAUUUUGUCAGAUGUUACUAUGGAAUACUGAAGUAUAAUUACAAGCAUUUCAUACGUGUCAAAGGCUUUUAUUGACAAUUACAUGAAGUUGAUGCCAAGAGUCAAUAUUUGCAGUGUUGACCCUGCUUUUUCAAGACCUCUGCAAUCCGCCCUGGCAAGCUGUCAAUUAACUUCUGAUUAACUGAUGGCAGCCCAUUCUUGCAUAAUCAAUGCUUGGAGUUUGUCAGAAUUUGUGGGGUUUUGUUUGUCCACCCGCCUCUUGAGGAUUGACCACAAGUUCUCAAUGGGAUUAAGGUCUGGGGAUUAAGGUCCUGGCCAUGGAACCAAAAUAUCAAUGUUUUGUUCCCCAAGCCACUUAGUUAUCACUUUUGCCUUAUGGCAAGGUGCUCCAUCAUGCUGGAAAAGUCAUUGUUUGUCACCAAACUGUUCCUGGAUGGUUGGGAGAAGUUGCUCUCGGAGGAUGUGUUGGUACCAUUCCUUAUUCAUGGCUGUGUUCUUAGGUAAAAUGGUGAGUGAGCCCACUCCCUUGACUGAGAAGCAACCCCACACAUGAAUGGUCUCAGGAUGCUUUACUGUUGGCAUGACACAGGACUGAUGGUAGCGCUCACCUUGUCUUCUCCGGACAAGCUUUUUUCCGGAUGCCCCAAACAAUCGGAAAGGGGAUUCAUCAGAGAAAAUGACUGAUCCCGCAGCUGAAUCAACUUUAGGAGACGGUCCUGGCGCUUGCUGGACAUUCUUGGGCGCCCUGAAGCCUUCUUCACAACAAUUAAACCGCUCUCCUUGAAGUUCUUGAUGGUCCGAUAAAUGGUUGAUUUAGGUGCAAUCUUACUGGCAGCAAUAUCCUUGCCUGUGAAGCCCUUUUUGUGCAAAGCAAUGAUGAUAGAACGUGUUUCCUUGCCGACAACCAUGUUUGACAGAGGAAGAACAAUGAUUCCAAGCACCACCCUCCAUUUGAAGCUUCCAGUCUGUUAUUCGAACUCAAUCAGUAUGACAGAGUGAUCUCCAGCCUUGUCCUCGUCAACACUCAAACCUGUGUUAACGGGAGAAUCACUGACAUGAUGUCAGCUGGUCCUUUUGUGGCAGGGCUGAAAUGCAGUGGAAAUGUUUUUUGGGGGAUUCAGAUCAUUUGCAUGGCAAAGAGGGACUUUGCAAUUAAUUGCAAUUCAUCUGAUCACUCUUCAUAACAUUCAGGAGUAUAUAGAAAUUGCCAUCAUACAAACUGAGGCAGCAGACUUUGAAAAUUAAUAUUGUGUCAUUCUCAAAACUUUUGGCUACAACUGUACACACAAUACCCAAUAAUGACAAAGCAAAAUUGUGUUUUUAGAAAUUUUAGCUCAUUUCAUUAACAAAAACUGAAAUAUGAUAUUUACAUAAGUAUUCAGACCCUUUACUCAGUACUUUGUUGAAACACCUUUGGCAGUGAUUACAGCCUUGAGUCUUCUUGGGUAUGACGCUACAAGCUUGGCACGUCUGUAUUUGGGGAGUUUCUCCCAUUCUUCUCUGCAGAUCCUCUCAAGCUCUUCCAGGUUGGAUGGGAAGCGUUGCUGCACUUUUUUCAGGUCUCCAGAGAUGUUCGAUUGGGUUCAAAUCCUGACCAGUCUCUUAGUCCCUGCCGUUGAAAAACAUCCACCCAGCAUUGUUUCCUCCAGAUGUGAUGCUUGGCAUUCAGGCGAAAGAGUUCAAUCUUGGUUUCAUCAUAGUCUGAGAGUCUUUAGGUGCCUGUUGGCAAACUCCAAGUGGGCUGUCACAUGCCUUUUACUGAGAAGUGGCUUCCGUUUGGCCACUCUAUUUAAUCUUUACUUAACUAAGCAAGUCAGUUAAGAACAUAUUGUUAUUUACAAUGACGGCCUGUCAAAUGCCAUUUACUGAGAAGUGGCUAUUUAACCUUUACUUAACUAAGCAAGUCAGUUAAGAACAUAUUGUUAUUUACAAUGACGGCCUGUCACAUGCCUUUUACUGAGAAGUGGCUUCCGUUUGGCCACUUUAUUUAACCUUUACUUAACUAAGAAAGUCAGUUAAGAACAUAUUGUUAUUUACAAUGACGGCCUACACCGGCCAAACCCCAAUCCGGACGAUGCUGGGCCAAUUGUGUGCUGCCCUAUGGGUCUCCCAAUCACGGCCGGUUGUGAUACAGCCUAGAAUCGAACCAGGGUCUGUAGUGACGCCUCUAGCACUGAAAUACAGUACCUUAGUACGCUGCACCACUCGGGAGCCCAAAGGCCUAAUUAGUGGAAUACUGCAGAGAUGGUUGUCCUUCUGGAAGGUUCUCCCAUCUCCAUAUAGGAACUCUAGAGCUCUGUCAGAGUGACCACCUCCCUAAACACUUAUUGCAGAGGGCCUUGUGUUUGGCCCGGUGGCCAUCUCUAGGAAGAGUCUUGGUGAUUCCAAACUUCUCCGUUUAAGAAUGAUGGAGGCCACUUUGUUUUUGGGGACCUUGAAUGCUGCAGAAAUGUUUUGGUACUCUUCCCCAGAUCUGUGAUCCGACACAAUCAUGUCUCGGAACUCUACGGCCAAUUCCUACGACCUCAUAGCUUGGUUUUUGCUCUGACAUGGACUGUCAACUGUGGGACCUUGUAUAGACAGGUGUGUGCCUUUUCAAAUCAUCUCCACUCAAUUGAAUUUACCACAGGUGGACUCCAAGUUGUAGAAACAUCUCAAGGAUGAUCAAUGGAAACAGGAUGCACCUGAGCUCAAUUUCGAGUCUCAUAGCAAAGGGUCUGUAUACUUGUGUAAAUAAGGUACUUCUGUUUUUUGGUUUUAAUAAAUGUACAAAAAUUUACAAAAA